AUGGCUCACUUUCGAAGCCUCUGCAAUAGGUCAAGCUUUCUUAGAAGGCGGGUUAACCCGUCUUUUAGCUAUAUACUUAAUGACCAUGAUCGUGAAGAGAGUUCGGUUGAUGGUCGCCUCUCUCAAAAGGGAUUGGGGAAUGUGUACCAGCAUCGGUUCUUUGGUAACAGCUCUGGCAAUACCACUGCUCUAGGUCUCUAUCAGGGCGUAAGACGUACUGGGUUUUUGCUGCCAUCAUUUAUCGGAUCAUAUUCUGCCCGGUAUAUGUCCACAGCCAUUGGUGAAAGUGCAGACAAGAUUGAACUGAUCAGCGAUGUUGCUGAGGUUCUUGCAGAAACACCUAUUGAAGCUGUCGCUAGCCAAGCUGCUGGUGUUAGUGAAGUUGCGGUUGCUGCUGCUGAUUCAUUCUUGCCUGUUGCAUUCCUUCAACAUUGCAUUGAUGCAGUCCAUUCUUUUACGGGUUGUAACUGGUUUCUGUCCAUCGCUAUAACAACUCUGAUCAUAAGGACAGCAACUGUUCCCCUCCUGAUCAAUCAACUUAAAGCUACCACAAAGCUUUCACUUUUGAGGCCGGAGCUGGAGCAGAUUCAGAAAGACAUUCGAGAUAAGAGCGCAGAGCCAGAGGCUAUUUAUGAAGGCCAGAAACAAAUGCAGAAGCUUUUCAAAGAAUAUGGUGUUACCCCUUUUACUCCAUUGAAGGGGAUUUUUAUUCAGGGUCCUGUGUUCGUUUGCUUUUUCCUUGCGAUCUCAAACAUGGUGGAAAAAAUGCCUUCCUUUAAAAAUGGUGGAGCAUUCUGGUUCACUGAUCUGACUACUCCUGACAGUAUGUACCUACUUCCGGUUUUGACGGGAUUGAGUAUCUUGAUAACUGUCGAGAGUAACAUGCAAGAAGGUUUAGAGGGAAACCCCAUUGCUGGUACCAUGAAAACAAUCUCAAGAGUCUUUGCUGUGGCAGCUGUUCCAUUAACCGCGUCCUUCCCCACGGCUUUAUUUGGCUAUUGGUUAACAUCCAACAUCUUCUCGUUGUUAUAUGGUUUAGCGCUCAAGGUUCCUGGGGUGAAGAAAUCCUUGGGCGUUCCUGAAAUAACCAUUCCACCGGCGGCCACCACAGCUGCCCAAGCGCCCUUCAACCUGUUUUCAACACCCAAACAGGAUGAAGUAGUGGAAGAAGUGGCAUCCGUGUCAUCUGAUGAAUCGUCGUCGGCAAAGACAUCCAGUCGUAGAGGGUCAUCAUCUUCAAUUCUUAGUCAGAGACUCAGAAGUCUAGAGAAGCAAGUUAAGGAGCGGAAGAAAAGCAAGAAGUAA